UCACAUUGCGUGCACACACACUGUUAGUGCUACCUCAUUGGGAGGGACCAGUGUGAUUUACCGAGGCUUCUCCAGACCCAGGUCGGUCCAAAUGCAGAAGGAGUUCCUUCGCCUUCCGUUGCCCAUUCGGGUUUAUUAGGUACUAACUGAAAGAAAGAGGGACUCGAAGGAAUGCAGAUGACGCGGAUGCUCCAGAUCGGUUUCCUGACGAUUCUGUUGUUAAUGGUCUUGAGUUCUUACUGGUUUAACCGGAUUCAAUUCAAGUGGAGAUCGGAUAAAUCGAAGAAGCCUGGUAGACUCUCACAGAGAGAGCUUUCCAACUGGGAGUCUGUCUGUGAACCUUUCUUCAAGGGGGAGAAAGUUUUCCUUUGGAAGGAGCAGCCUUCGGCAGUACCCCGGCCCUCAGACGCUGCAGAGACCGAGGACUACUGCGAUAACCUGGAAGGGCUGCUUCACUAUUCCCAAAUCCCGGUGAUGGCCGAGGAGACCAACUUCCCCCUGGCUUUUAUCAUGACCGUGCACAAAGAGUUCGAGACCUUUGAGAGCCUCUUCAAGGCAAUCUACCGACCUCACAACCUCUACUGUAUCCACGUGGAUGAGAAGUCCCCCGCACAGUUCCAGUUGAAUCUGCAGCGCUUGCAGAGCUGUUUCAGUAAUGUCUUCCUCGCCACCAGAAUGGAGCCCAUUGUCUACGGAGGGAUGUCCCGGUUGGAAGCGGACAUUAGGUGCCUGACGGAUCUCCAGCGUCUCAGGACUAACUGGAAGUACGUCCUCAACCUCUGUGGUCAAGACUAUCCUCUCAAAACCAACCUGGAGAUCAUUCGACACCUCAAAGCAUUUAAAGGCAGGAAUAUCACCCCUGGCGUUUUGCCUCCAAACCACGCCAAAGUCCGCACGAAGUUUGUGUACAAGCAGGUGCUGUCAGCUAGUCAAUCCUAUGUCGUCAGAACCAAAAAGGAGAAAUCCCCACCUCCGCACAACAUCACUAUUUACUUUGGGUCUGCCUAUUAUGCUUUGACAGCCGAAUUCGUCGAAUUUCUUUUGAAGGACCAACGAGCUUUGGAUUUGUUAGACUGGUCUAAAGAUACUUACAGUCCUGAUGAACACUUCUGGGUAACACUAAACAGAAUACCAGGUGUACCUGGUUCAAUGCCAUCUGCAGGCUGGCAAGGAAAUUUGCGUGCCGUAAAAUGGAGUGAUCAAAAGGGCCAUGAUGGUUGCCAUGGUCAUUAUAUCAGAAACAUUUGUAUCUAUGGGAUUGGGGAUUUGAAGUGGCUGGAUAAAAUGAACUGCAUGUUUGCCAAUAAAUUCGAACUCCAUUCCUAUCCACCAACCGUACAAUGCCUAGAAUACCGGAUCCUCAAACGAGCUUGGAAUCAGAGCACCAUUGCUCUGCAGUCAGCCUCCUGAAAGUGACUUCAAAUGAAUGCUAAACAUCACGGGACAUGAAAACAAGAACAUAAACUGAUGAACAAUCUGGGAUGUACUUGAUAUUUUACAAUUUAAAAAAAAAAAUGAAUGUGGUUUUGUUUGUUUUAUUUCAUAUAAUUUUCUUUUGACAGCAUUGGAAUGUUGAAAAUACCCUUUUUUUAAAAAAAAAAAAAAAAAAAAAAAAAAAACCCUGUAGGCACAAUUUUCAAAAGUAUGGGAACGUUCCCUACCAUCUGCUCGUUUUUGGCGAGGAUAAUUUAAUUUGUUCACAGUCCAAAGUUUAGAAGGAUAGGGUCCGAGAAGUAACUAGUUAACAUUUGGUUACAAGGGAACUUGAGCAAAUAAACUUUAUAUACUGUAAGGUCCAAAUCAUUCAUGCACAAGCUGCACUUGCACUUUCCAUGAAUAGCUGCUCAAUAACUGUACGAAAACAUUGAGAUCUUUGUUCAUGACAUUUUAUUUGGAAGUCACCUACUGUUAUUUUGGAAUAAGAAGAUCAUUUAUGAGGCUGUGAAACUGACAUAUAAGCAUUGACGGAUUGCAGUGCAGUGCUUCUUGGAAUGGAGCUUGUGAUAUGCCCAGAUUUGAUUUCCUCUAGUGAAGCUUGUACCAAGAGUGGGAUUUCUUGUCAAGUCCCUCUCUAAUACUUAUCAAAAAUUUGAUUUGUGUGAACUGAAGUAUUUGUAACAAAAUGAAAGUCUCUGAAGCUACUGGCAGAUGUUCUACUAAUAAAGUUACUUAUUGUAAA